AUGGCGGAUGUUGCAUGCGUGGAUGAUUUUUAUUUCUCGGCACUCGCAAAUGAAGAAGAAGAAGAAGUAGAAGUAGAGAUCUUUCCAAUCUCUGAUGAGAAAUAUUCACAAGGGUUACAGUUUCAAGAGGUGUUGAUGUCCUCGUUGGUCUCUUCCAACCUCUUGAAAUCGUCGCCAUCAUCAUCCAACAUCGGUGUUGUUCGGAUGAACCAAUUUCAACAGACCAAGACUGAGAUUAAGGUUAAGAAAGAAAUCGGUGAAUCUUCCCAGAGCGUCUGUGAGAUAUGUAUGGAGGCAAAACCGGUGGAAGAGAUGUUCAGGAACAUGACCACCUGCCGCCACUCCUACUGUGGGAACUGUAUCGGAAAACAUGUUGCUUCAAAGAUCCAAGAAAACGCAAACCUGGUGAAGUGCCCCGAUCUCAACUGUAAAACAGUGUUGGAGCCACAUCACUGUCUCUCCGUCGUCCCUGAUGAAGUCCUCGAUCGCUGGUCAACCUCCAUUUGCGAUUCUCUGAUACUUGGCUCUUCCAGGUUCUAUUGUCCUUUUAAGGAAUGUUCAGGAGUGAUGCUAGUGGACGACGAAGGAGAAGUUAUUAGGGCAUCCGAGUGCCCCUAUUGCCAUAGAUUGUUCUGCGCUCACUGCAAGGUUCCAUGGCACUCUGAAAUCCCUUGCGAGGAGUUCCAGAGGUUGGACAAAAACGACACUACCAGAGAAGAUUUAAUGGCUGUUGAACUCGCUAAGAAGCUCAGUUGGAAGAGAUGCCCACAGUGCAAUUUCUUUGUUGAGAAGAGAGAUGGUUGUCUUCAUAUUACUUGCAGGUGUGGGUUUCAAUUCUGCUAUCGAUGCCGAUCGACAUGGACUGAAACUCAUGGUAGUUGCGAAGGACUGUGAAGUCUGAAGGCAUCAAGGUAAUCGGCUGCUG